CCGGCGAUGGGCGCCGCGGGCCCCGCGUGCGCGGCGCGCGAGCCGCUGGCGCGGGAGUCGCCGGUGCGCUCCGUGCUGCGGCACGUGCGGCUGGAGAACCUGGCGGCCGGAAUGAGCGGCGGCGUCCUGUCCACCCUGGCGCUGCACCCGCUGGACCUCGUCAAGAUCCGCUUCGCAGUGAGCGAUGGAUUGGAGCUGAGGCCAAAGUACAAUGGGAUUCUCCACUGUAUGGCCACGGUCUGGAAGCACGAAGGACUUCGAGGCCUGUAUCAAGGGGUAACUCCAAACAUGGUGGGAGCAGGGGCUUCCUGGGGACUUUACUUUUUCUUUUACAAUGCCAUCAAAGCUUAUAAGAAGGAAGGGAAGAUGGAAAGUCUCAGUGCAAGCGAACACCUAGUGUCAGCUGCAGAAGCUGGAGCCAUGACUCUCUGCAUUACAAACCCAAUAUGGGUGACCAAGACUCGGCUUGUGCUACAAUACAACGCUGGCAUGGAUCCCUCCAAGCGGCAGUACAGAGGAAUGUUUGAUGCACUUAUAAAGAUAUACAAGACAGAAGGCAUACGUGGCUUAUAUAAGGGAUUUGUGCCUGGUCUGUUUGGAACAUCACAUGGAGCGCUUCAGUUCAUGGCCUAUGAGGAUUUGAAAGAGAGAUACAACAAGUAUAGAAACAGAGUAUCAGAUACAAAAUUGAACACUGUGGAAUACAUAAUGAUGGCAGCUGUAUCCAAAAUAUUUGCUGUGGCAGCAACAUAUCCCUAUCAAGUUGUGCGAGCUCGUCUCCAAGACCAGCAUAACACAUAUUCUGGGGUGUUUGAUGUGAUCCGCAGGACAUGGAGGAAAGAAGGUGUUCAUGGAUUUUACAAAGGAAUUAUACCUAAUGUGAUCAGAGUGACUCCUGCCUGCUGUAUUACAUUUGUAGUUUAUGAAAAUGUGUCUGGCUUUUUACUUGGUUUCAGAAAAGAAAAUAAUUAAAGGUAUGAACUUGUGUUCCUA